CCAGUAGUUCAAGUGCCCCUGUUACACGGACGUCGACAGUCUUCAAGAAUUGAGGCGGAGGUCAUUGGUGGGUGAAGACAGGCGCCUAUCGAUAAGCACGUGGAUUUGCGGCGGCCUUCAACUUCUCCGACGCAGACACUUCGAACACUUCUGCACUGCACCUCCUGACCAGCCCCUUCCACCAUGAUCGAAGACGACGUGUACCGAUCAUCCUCCCAGUUCCGACUGUGGUCCUUCACCGAAGCAUCUCUGAAAUCAUUACGAGCAACCACCAACAGCGUCGCGAGUGACCGGGUGCGAGCAGCUCUGCGACGAGCACAAGAUGCCCGACGAUCCGCCAACUCCUCCACAACAGGGACACCAGCCCCCGGAAGUGAUGCGGAGAGCAAAGGAACGGAGGAGAAAGCAAUCGAUUGCCUGACACCAGAGGAAGAGCAGCAGGUGGUGGACUACUACUCCGAACAGAUCAUACAACUCGGCGAGAACUACAAGCCACCGCUUCCAACCAUAGUGCGAGCCACAGCAAUUCAAUACCUCCGUCGCUUCUACCUAACCAACUCGCCGAUGACCUACCACCCGAAACAAAUCAUGCCAUGCGCCCUCUUCCUCGCCACCAAAACUGACAACUACUACCUCUCCCUCCGGCAAUUCACCGAAGGCGUCCCCGGCCAGCCCUCUGCAGAAGAUAUUAUCGCCCCCGAAUUCCUCGUCAUGCAAAGCCUCCGCUUCACCUUUGACGUGCGCCACCCCUUCCGCGGCCUCGAAGGCGGAGUCAUGGAACUCCGCGCCAUAUCCCAAGGUCAAGGACAACCGGCACCACACCUCCCAGGACAGACCCCCGAAGACCUACGCCGGAGCCUCCUGUCCCUAUCCCCAUCCUCAGCAUCAGCAACUGCGAUGAACGACCGCAUCUCUCGCGCCCACCACGCCACCCGCGAGAUUCUCAAAACCGCCGCGCAAAUCACAGACGCCUACUUCCUCUACACGCCCUCGCAGAUUUGGCUCUCCGCGUUCCUCAUCUCCGAUCGUCCCUUAGCUGAAUACUACCUCGACACCAAACUCGGCGGCCCCAUCACAUCCCAACAAGAAGGAAACCCCCUCUACGCUCUCCGCACCAAGCUCCUCCUCACACUCAACAACUGCGCCACCAUCCUCCAGGCCUACAAAUCCCUCGCCUCAGACGACGUCCGCAUGAAAACCCUAAAGCGCAUCAUCGGAAAGAAACUCUACCACUGCCAAAACCCAGAGAAAGCCAACCUCGCAGGCCAAAAACGCAUCCCCGCUGCCGCCGCCGCAGCGGCCUCAACAGCGACCGGCGAAUCCGGAACAUCAGAGAGUGAAAUAGAGCGUCUGGCAAAGAAGAGGAAGCUCGAACGUGGGAAUGAGCCGAAAGAUCUUUUUGGAGGAGAGUUGGUCAUGCAACGGACCAAGGAGAAGCAAUUGGAAGGUCAAGGGCAGCAACAAUAGGACGCAGGAUCCUUUUUCCUUUUUACCUUUAGAAUAUAUUUUUUGAAUGGGGACGGAAGUUCAUUAUCGUUUUGAGCGUGCAGGUAGGCGCAAUGCAUGGAAAAGCAUUUAUUGGUUUGGACGAAUGUGCUUUGCGGUUAGUCUUAAUUACAUAUUCAAUAGAGGUGCAGCUCAGUAUUAUGUCUGCGAUUAACCGACUAAGAAUCUAGAUUUCGACAGUAGUUCCUUUGAAGCUACUAGACUGAAAAUCUUGCACGCACUAGGAAAGCUACGGUUCAAA